AUGGAGAGGACAGGGUUUAUCACUUACACUGCUCUGCCAUUAAGUGGCCUCACGGAAGAAUUCAUGGUCGUACGCACCAGAGAAGCCCUACAGUAUAGGGACUCUAGAGACUGCAAGGUGUCAUCAGCCUGCAUUGAGGUUAGGACAGGCAGGAAAUGGAAUGCUGGGAAAGCAGUGGAGGUGGCAGAGUCACGCCUGAGACAAAAGGCUCUGGUGGGCACUGUGGCGACAGGUAGAGUGGGCUUGGACUAUUUUCCACAGACCUUAGUUAGCCAGGUCCACGGCAAGGAAAGACACCACCUACUCCAGGAAGAGGUUCGAGCAAGUGUGGAGGAAGAGAGAGUCAGCAGGAUGGUAGGACUCCAGCAGCAGGGAGCAUGGACUAGGUGGGAGAGUACACUGCAACGUAGGAUCACCUGGGCGAACAUCUUGCAGGCGGAUUUCCAGCAAGUCCGUUUCCUGGUACAAGCUGUCUACGAUGUACUGCCAAGUCCAUCAAACCUCCAUGUGUGGGGAAAGAAUGAGACACCUUACUGCCUUCUUUGCUCUGAAAGAGGCUCUUUAGAACACCUCCUCAGCAGCUGCCCCAAGGCUCUGGCUGAUGGUCGUUAUCGUUGGCGCCAUGACCAGGUGCUUAAGGCAAUUGCUGAGAGCUUAGCCUCAGCCAUCAGUACCAGCAAGAAUCAUCAUGCUCCAAAGAAGGCAGUCCACUUCAUUAAAGCUGGAGAAAAACCCCAGGCCCUCCCACAAUUAACAACAGGCCUCCUUCACAAAGCCUCGGACUGGCAGCUGGAGGUCGACCUGGGAAAACAGCUGAGGUUUCCUCAUCACAUCGCAAAAACCCGUCUCUGCCCAGACAUUACAAUCAUCUCAGAAGCUUCAAGACAGCUAAUUAUUCUGGAGCUGACAGUGCCUUGGGAAGAGCGCAUUGAAGAAGCAAAUGAGAGGAAGUGCGCUAAGUACCAGGAAUUAGUGGAGGAGUGCAGGGAGAGAGGCUGGAGAACUUUCUAUGAGCCCAUAGAAAUAGGAUGUAGAGGCUUUGCAGGGCGUUCACUUUGCAAAGUCCUCAGACGCUUGGGCAUCACAGGGGUGGCAAAGAAAAGGGCCAUUCGAUCUGCAAGUGAAGCUGCAGAAAAGGCCACAAGGUGGCUUUGGAUUAAGAGGGCAGAUCCGUGGACUGCUAUUGGGACACAAGUCGGGACUUGA